AUGAAGUCGACAUCAAUCCGCGAACAGAAGCAUGAGUGUACUGAGGGAGCAGGGAGUGGGGAUAGGAUAGCAGGGAGUGGGGAUAGGAUAGCAUGGAGUGGGGAUACGAUAGCAGGGAGUGGGGAUACGAUAACAGGGAGUGGGUGUAGGAUAGCAGGGAGUGGGGAUAGGAUAGCAGGGAGUGGGGAUACGAUAGCAGGGAGUGGGAAUAGGAUAGCAGGGAGUGGGGAUAGGAUAGCAGGGAGUGGGUGUAGGAUAGCAGGGAGUGGGGAUAGGAUAGCAGGGAGUGGGGAUAGGAUAGCAUGGAGUGGGGAUACGAUAGCAGGGAGUGGGGAUACGAUAACAGGGAGUGGGUGUAGGCUAGUAGGGAGUGGGGAUAGGAUAGCAGGGAGUGGGGAUACGAUAGCAUGGAGUGGGGAUACGAUAGCAGGGAGUGGGGAUACGAUAGCAGGGAGUGGGGAUAGGAUAGCAGGGAGUGGGGAUAGGAUAGCAGGGAGUGGGGAUAGGAUAGCAGGGAGUGGGGAUACGAUAGCAUGGAGUGGGGAUACGAUAGCAGGGAGUGGGGAUACGAUAGCAGGGAGUGGGGAUAGGAUAGCAGGGAGUGGGGAUAGGAUAGCAGGGAGUGGGUGUAGGAUAGCAGGGAGUGGGGAUAGGAUAGCAGGGAGUGGGGAUAGGAUAGCAGGGAGUGGGGAUAGGAUAGCAGGGAGUGGGGAUACGAUAGAAGGGAGUGGGGAUAGGAUAGGAGGGAGUAGGGAUACGAUAUCAGGGAGUGGGGAUACGAUAGCAGGGAGUGGGGAUAUGAUAGCAGGGAGUGGGGAUAUGAUAGCAGAGAGUGGGGAUAGGAUAGCAGGGAGUGGGGAUACGAUAGAAGGGAGUGGGGAUAGGAUAGGAGGGAGUGGGGAUACGAUAGCAGGGAGUGGGGAUACGAUAGCAGGGAGUGGGGAUAGGAUAGCAGGGAGUGGGGAUAGGAUAGCAGGGAGUGGGUGUAGGAUAGCAGGGAGUGGGGAUAGGAUAGCAGGGAGUGGGGAUACGAUAGAAGGGAGUGGGGAUAGGAUAGGAGGGAGUGGGGAUACGAUAGCAGGGAGUGGGGAUAGGAUAGCAGGGAGUGGGGAUACGAUAGCAGGGAGUGGGGACAGGAUAGCAGGGAGUGGGGUUAGGAUAGCAGGGAGUGGGUGUAGGAUAGCAUGGAGUGGGGAUACGAUAGCAGGGAGUGGGGAUAGGAUAGCAUGGAGUGGGGAUACGAUAGCAGGGAGUGGGGAUACGAUAGCAGGGAGUGGGGAUAGGAUAGCAGGGAGUGGGGAUAGGCACGGUUCCUCUUUUCGCUUGGAAAUGUUAUAG